ACUGCGUUAUGCAACGCCCCUUUUAGGAGAAGGAUAUAACCAGAGGUAGAGGCUCUCUGUUUCUUUAACUCUGCUUCACUGGACUGCUUUACAUUUUGUUCUGUGUUCACUUGCAAGUGAUUUUGCACACAUUGUAAGAUCUGUAUUUACUGUCUGAUCACUACAUCUAUUACACUUGCUUUUGCAGCACCAUCUUUUUUUCUUGACUGCAAAGUAUGACAUAUAAACGGAAUAAAGAGUAUAAAGAGAUUUUACAAAUGUUUUCUGCAACUGACUUUUUUAUUAUUCUGGGCUUAUACAGCUGAGUACCUUUGCCAUGGAUCUACAAAAUAAAGACUCUGGUGAUGUCCUGUCUGUGGUCAUUAUAGGAAAUGGACCUUCAGGAAUUUGCCUGUCAUACUUGCUAUCGGGACACACCCCCUAUUUUUCUCCAGAGGCCUUUCACCCCAAUCCAAUCCUGCACAGAAAACUUAAAGAGAAUGUUCAUCUGCCAUUGUUUGAACAGGAUCUAGAGUACCUGUGUGAAGGCCUGGAAGGCAGAUCAUCAAAUCCCUUGGCUGUACUCUUUGAUUCAUUACUCCUACCAGACAGUGACUUCGGAUUGGACUGUGCCUCACCAUUGCAAUGGCGGUAUGAGCCAGAAAGGGCUAUUAACCACCUUGUGCUUGGAAAAGGACCACCUGGAGGGGCAUGGCAUGCCAUGGAGGGAUCCAUGUUAACACUAAGCCUUGCCAACUGGAUGGAGCUUCCUGGCCUCAACUUGAAGGAUUGGAUGAGAGAGAAACGCAGGAAUGUUCGAAAUGACCGCGCCACAUCAGCAGAUAUCGCCUCCUACUACCAGCACUAUGUAAAAACAAUGGGCCUAAGUAACAACUUUGCCCAUGGCACCACAGUCACCUCAGUGCAGCGUGCCCCUUUUGGCUCAGGUCAGUCUGUCUGGCACAUCAAGGGCAUACAGAGGUUGGACAACGGAGAUGCAGUGCCUUUUUUCGUGCAGGCAGAGAAUAUAGUGCUUGCCACAGGCACCAGUGAUUCCCCAGCCCACCUUGGAGUCGAAGGAGAAUCAUUACCCUUUGUGUUCCACAGCUUCAGAGAGUUUGAGACGGUCAUCUCAAGUGGACGCCUGUGCAAAUCUUCAGAUCCCGUACUGGUGGUUGGAGCUGGACUGACAGCAGCCGAUGCCGUUUUAUGCACUCACCACCUCAAUGUGCCAGUGUAUCACACAUUCCGCCGAGGCGUUAUGGACCCAGCACUAAUUUUUAACCAGCUGCCCCGUCUCCUCUACCCGGAGUACCACAAAGUGCACCAGAUGAUGAGCCAGCAGCAGUACCAGCCAAGCCAUUCGUUACCCAAUUUACUCUCCCAGCAUGUGGCAUCAACGGACAAUGACCACACUAAUUCGUCCUCCUACCCAGGAUAUAUGAGCUUCCCAAAACACCGUGUUGUGUCUUUUAAUCCCAAUGGCAAGUGUGUGCUGGAAGCAGAGGACGGGCACCACGUGGUGCUACAGGUUUCAUUGGCACUGGUUUUGAUCGGCUCACAACCUAAUCUUUCAUUUUUGCCUGAAGAUGGACGGCAGCUGGGGUUAGAGCCGGGACAGCCAAUCAGCUGUCGGCGCAACCCCAUUAAGGUAGAGACAUAUACCUGUGAAAGUGUGCGGGAGGUGGGACUGUAUGCUCUGGGGCCUCUUGUAGGUGAAAACUUUGUGCGCUUCCUCAAGGGUGGUGCACUGGGUACUGCAUGCCAUCUAAUGCAAAAGAGUAAAGAGAAAUCAAUGACUGUUUUAUAAAAGCCAGGCUGUAGAAGUGUGGGGAAAAAUAUUAUCCAAUCCAUUGCCAAGGACAGUCCAAUGGUUUAUUUCUGUGUUUACCUGCCUAAAACAGAGGCAAAUGGUUAACACUUUUUUUGAGAUUAUUUUGUUGGUGAAUAUUGGGCCUUAUUUACCAUUCUUGUGUGUAAUUGUUUGCCUUAGCCUGAAAAA